AUGCGGCCAUCGCUUGGACGGCUGCUGAUUGCGUCAGCUUGCAGGCAGCACAGGCAGCCCCAGUGCCACGCCCCCUCCAGCCUCCGCGGCGAGGCCGGCCGAGAGCCCCGAGGUGACGGCACACAACAGCGUGGUGCGUGCGAGGAAUGGCAUGCCCUGCCGACGGCCACGUCGCUGACGAAGCUGCAGAAAGCCUUUUGCGAAUCCGGCGGCAACGCCCAGAGCGACGAGGUGCUCUUCCUGCCGCCCAUCGUCGACGCCGCCGAGUCCUCGCCGGCGGCCGCGGCCGAAUGCGCACGCAUCAUCCGCAAGUUUCUCGGCAAGGACUAUUCCUCCCGGCCGUCGUGGCAGUACAACGCCAUCAUGCUCGUCCGCAUCCUCACCGACAACCCCGGCCAGACCUUCACGAGGAACCUCGACGACAAGUUCGUCGACACGGCCAAGGCGCUGCUGAGAAACGGCAAGGACCCCAGCGUCCGUCAGCUGCUGAUGGAGACCCUCGACAGCAUGGAGCAGACCAAGAUGUACGACGAAGGCCUGCAGCCGCUCAUCCAGAUGUGGAAGAAGGAAAAGGUAAGGGCGCUCGACGACUCUGGCGUGCGAAUCCCCGCCGUCCCCGCUGCCGCCGACCGAGAGCUGACCGACACGCCUCCACAGAGUCGCCUGCCCCCCGUCGGGCCUCGCCCGCCCGACAAGAACGCUCCCCGCCAGGUCAACGACGCGCAGUCGCAAAACUAUUUCGCCAAGGCCCACUCCAACUUCCGCCUGCCGGAUCCCGUCGAGCUCGCCAGCCGGCUCGAGGAGGCUCGCACGUCCGCCAAGCUGCUCGAGCAGGUUGUCAUGAACACGCCACCAGGCGAGAUGCUGCAGAACGAGCUCAUCCGAGAGUUUGCCAACCGCUGCAUCAGCGCCUCUCGCAGCAUCCAGGGCUACAUGAACUCCGACAACCCGGCGCCCGACAACGACACCAUGGAGAAUCUCAUAGACACCAACGAGCAACUGCAGACCGCUCUCAACCAGCAUCACCGCGCCGUCCUGAGGGCCAAGAAGCAGCUGGGCGUCGGCUCGACCGACGUCUCGCCGUCGCCAGAGCCCAACGGUGCCGAACGCCAAACCGUCACCGCCGCCGAGCCCUUCGUCUCCGGCGGAAUCGGCGGCAAGGGGAAGCAGACGGAGCAGUAUAGCCCGCCAGACGGCCCGCCGCGAACGGAAGCGUCGAGCUCUGGGUACCGCCGGGAGCAGGCCCAGGCUGCCGACGAUGGGUUGGACGACCCCUUUGGGGAUCCUCGACCCGGCAGCUCGAACAGUGCGGCCCGCGGCCGUGCCAAGGUGCUCGACGAGCGGGCUGCAUCCAACGAGCCCUACACCCCCAAGGCCGCGGAUUCCUACUUUGCCGAGGAGACGGCGGCGGCGAACGGGUUUGGCGCUUCGAGGAGUGCGACGGGCACCUAUGUCCCCUCUCCGCUGACGCCGAGGUCCGGGACGCAUGAAGAUGAUGAUAUUUACGAAGCGACGCCGAGGAGCCAGGAACCACUUUAUCGGUAUUAG